AUGCCAGUCUUGGAAAGCUUCAAGAAUCACAUCAAGGAAGCAUUCCUCGAUAUCUCCAUUAUAACAUACGUAUUGGUUGUCAUUUUUGGCACAGCUUCAUGGAUUGCCAUCAACGGGCUCUGGGUCGAAUUACCUAUCAUUGUCCAAGAAAUUCCUGAAAGCUGGUCUCUUCCAUCCUACCUGACAGUGAUAAUCCAACUGGCAAACAUAGCUCCGUUAGCUUUUACACUUGGGAACAAGUUUUAUCCUCGCAUGGUCCACGAGAUUCCCGUCAUAUACAUCAGCCUGUUUAUUGGCACGGUUUCCUGUGUUCUGUUGGUAUUUUUUUGGAAAGAAACGUCCUUCAUCGCCGGAGCUGAAAGAAGCACUGCGUUGUUAGUCCUCUGUUUCUUCCUUUCUGUAGUUGAUUGUACAUCGUCUGUGACGUUCCUACCAUACAUGGCAAUCUUUCGAGAAGUCUACAUGAGCCCAUAUUUCCUAGGGGAAGGUUUAAGUGGUCUGAUACCCAGUCUGGUGGCAUUGGGGCAGGGUGUGGGCGGGGGGUCUCAUACCCCUUGCCCCGGUGAGAGCCCCACACAGGCUCCCGUGAACACCACAAAUGGAACCUCCAACAUCACCGACUCUGGCAGCUGGGGACCCGGCCCAAAAUUUCCCGCUGAAGGAUUUUUCUGGUUCUUGGCUGGGAUGAUGUUGGCAUCUGGGUUGGCCUUUUUGGGAUUGAAUUAUCUCUCUGUGGCGAAACGACAGCAAGUGAAGACGAUUUACGAAGUUUCUCCCGACGGAGGCCAGCGUUCCACCUUAGAGCUUGUCUCUUAUGAGCAGGGCAGCUCACCAGGUUCAAAUCCACUAUCUAAUCAAGGUUCCAUUGAUCCUGACAAGACGACCACGAAAGAUUCCAUAUUCCUUAUGGCUAUCUUAGCUGUUGUCAGUGGCCUGAGUAAUGGUGUGAUACCAGCUAUUCAGUCAUAUGCCUGUAUUCCUUACAGCUACUACAUCUAUCAUUUGACUCUCACCCUGUCCAACAUUGCCAAUCCAGUCACCUGUUUUGUGUUUCCAUUCAUCCGCUCUACUUCAACACUGAUCAUAGCAGUGCUGAGUUGUGUCUACUUUGGAAUGUGUACCUACAUUCUCAUCGUUGCAUCACAAAGUCCAAAUGUGCUGUUGCGCUGUAACGAUUCUGGUGCUGUUUUGAUUGUCUUCAUCAGUGUCAGUGCAGUUUCUGUGGUAACUUACAUCAAAGUUGCUAUUGGAGGAAUAAUGCGAGAGAAAGGACGCAGGCAUUUGUUGUGGUAUGGCGUAAGUGAACAGAUUGGUUCAUGUGUGGGAGCAUUAGCCAUGUUUGCUCCCGUAAACAUCUACCAUUACUUUAAACAAGAGUGAAAGUAUUCCCGUAAAAACACUGUAUAGCCUGGAACGUGAAGAGAGCUUUGUCUUGUGCUCCAGGUCUCCAAAGAUUUAAAGGACAAUUUUAUGCAUAGAUGUUACCGCAUGUUUUUUAACCAGCAUGGCAUACAGCAUCUAAAGGUCACAAAUUAGAUUCUCGCCGCUAUUAAGGAAGAGAAUUCAUUUCGUUGUUUAGAAACUCU